UCCUGGUCAACUUUCUGAGAAUUCUGCAAGCUCUUUCUAAUCAAGAUAAAAGUGCGGUGUGGACUUGAAAUAUUGCUGGCAUACCACCGACAGCAGCCAGAGGGUGAAGCCCUUGUUGCUGCUGUCAGUUCCACUCAGUUUGUGCUGGACAAGGACUGGUUGAUUGAAAUGCAAAGUGUCAAAAUUGACUUCUCCAUUUGAAGCUGUAUGACAAUUCUUGCAAAGUCUCUUGCGCCCUUUUACACUCUAUGUUAAAUGUAAAAUUCAGAAAACUACAGAAAACUGCAGGAGUCUCGGUUCUACUCGUCCAGUGGAUAGACUUACGGCAUUUGAAAGCUCAACGAGAGAAGAGAAUGCUGUUCAUUUUGCUUUGUGCCUUUGCACUGCCUGUCACCGCUAAUCGCUGCAGUAUCAAUGGUUGGACCAUGGAGACACCGGACGAGGUGAUGGGGAGGGAGGGGAAGCUCGUGGUUCUGUACUGCAAGUUCGCUCACCCUAACCGUGAAUACAAAGGCAACAUCAACAUCAUCUGGAGUGAGAAGCAGACCCAGAAUAUCUUUUUCAAAUACAAAAAUUAUCUAUCGAGCGGCACGUAUAAAAAUGAGAUCGUGGAUAAUGUAGGAGAUCGCUACAGACCAAUGGGGGACCCUCGGAAGAACGAUGCUUCCAUAAUCAUUAAUCAGCUGAGAACGACGGAUACAAACAAGAUCCUCAACUGUCGUGUUGAGCUCACAGGGCAAGCAGGAAAGUUUGGAUGCCCACAUGGGCAAAUCAAAAUACCAGGUGAGGAAUGAUUGUGCUGCAAACAAACAAUUUGUCUUCCUUCCUGCUUCCUGUGAUUCCAAUGUUACUGGCAUGGCUGGCAAUUGUUCAAGCUGCUGACUUGUUGGCUACAUCACUGGGAGAUCAUGCCCUGGUUUGACUGUCUAAAAUACAUCACGUUGCACUAAACUGAAUUUAAAUCUAUUAACCAACCCUCAACCCACUUGCCCCGCUGAUCACGAUCCUGCUGUAGUUUUGAUAACCAUCUUCACUCAUACUCCUCAUUUCUGCCUUGACCAUGAUGUCCAGUCACUGUGGAAUGGGGUGAUGUCAUUGCCACACCUGGCCUGCUGUUAUAGUCACAUAUUAUAUCUCCUCCAGUUAAGUUUCAGAUAUUGGUAUUGGUUUAUUAUUGUCUAUUGCACUGAGAUACAGUGAUAUUUUUC